AUAUUCUUAGUCGGGGGGGCAGCCCUACUAAUAGGAAGUGACGGUGCUUCCAUAGAAGGGUGUGGCCCAGUAAAUGAAUAAUGAAUGAACAUCUGUUCGAUCGUCAUAAAACCUGUUGGUGAAGCCGGGGCCAUGUUGGAGGCGCCACUGGACAGGAACUUCUCCCAUAGCACCUUCUUGUUCAGAGGUUUUCCUGAGCUGCACAAACACCGACGGCUGCUGGCGCUGCCGUUCUCCACGUCCUACCUGACGGCGCUGCUGGGAAACUCUCUGCUGGUGUACGUGAUCCGAAGCGUGGAGAGUCUGCACAGCCCCAUGUACCUCCUCAUCUGCACGCUCUGUGUCGUCGACAUCCUUGUGGUGACUGCCAUCAUCCCCAACAUGCUCCUCGGCCUCCUCUUCGACUGGGACGAGAUCUCACUGGGUGGCUGCUUGACUCAGAUGUUCUUCACUCACUUCCUGUCCUCAUUGGAGUCAACAUUGCUGCUGGCAAUGGCACUGGACCGCUAUGUCGCCAUCUGCCAGCCACUGCGCUAUGCCAAAAUCAUCAACUCCUCCAUGUUCGUGAAGCUGCUGCUCUUCACUCUGAUCCGCAGUGGCUCCAUCAUGGUGACGCUGGUCGGUUUGGCAAGUUCGCUGCACUUUUGUGGCUCGAACACAAUCCAACACUGCUACUGUGACCACAUGGCGCUGGUCAGCCUGGCGUGUGGCAACACAGAGAAAAACAGCACAGCAGGCCUCGCUGUGAUUGUCUGUUUUGUGGGCGUGGACAUACCGCUCAUCUUCUUCUCCUACAUGAAGAUCUUGAGCGUUGUCUUGCGAGCAGCGGCAGCUGGUGAGGACCGCUGGAAGGCGUUUCACACCUGUGGCACUCACCUGAUUGUCAUGAUGUGUUUCUACCUGGUGGGCAGCGUCACGUUCCUCUCUCACAACCUGAACAUCCCCAUCCCAACGGACGUCAACACCUUCAUGGGACUCAUGUACAUUCUGUUCCCGGCGACAGUUAACCCCAUCAUCUACGGUGUUCGGACUAAAGAAAUCCGAAAUGGCUUUUUACGGAUUUUUAAAGUGCGAGUGGAAAAAGUUUUGAUGGUGAAAGUUUCUCCAGCUGGAAAAAGACAAACGUGACAAUGUUCCUCUGCUUCAAAAAAAACUCCCCCCGAUUCUCCAGUCAACUGUUUGUGUCUCUGAGUUACAGAUUCUCUAACGGUCACUUGAACAUCUCCUUGU